AUGACAACGGAGGGAAGCGUGUGGAACCACAGAACGCAACAAUUCAAGAAAAUACUCUUCUUCUUCGAUACAGGAAGAGAACCCACCCCAGAGAACACACUGCAGAAGAUCUCGCAUUUCCCAAAGAAUCAAGCAAUAUGUGCAAUGUCGGGAAUCGGCGGGCAUGUAGAAAAGUUCCGAAGCAGUGUUGUAACGCUCAAAAUUUGCACUGCUUAUGGCAUGGAAAUCAUCAUAAGAGCGCAAACCAAACCAGUAAUCACCAGUGGAUUUUCAUCGGUGAACAUCAAACGCUGCACAUACUGGUUGGACGAUUACCACUAUCGAUUCGUCCCACCAUAUAGCCAGAUUAUAAAACUGCCUUCUGGGUUGCACAUUGCAAAAACAGCAAGCUUCGGCCUCAGCAUACAUGCUCGUGGAAUCUUAUCAAUAGGAUCUCGAACAAACACAUCAAAGACCAAUGAUCAUCGUGGCUUAUCUGAAGACUUGCAACCCGACUCAGUGUGCAACAACUUACCGCUAUCAAUGAACCAACAGAGGCAGAGAUGCUCAACAAACUAUUUGAAUGACAAGAAAAUACGGAUCCACGUGGUUGAUCUCUCCAACAAUUCAUUUCUCUGUGGAAACAUCUACAGACCAACAAAGAACAGCAGAAAUGGUACACACAAAUCUUCCAAGAGUACGGAUCUACCAACGUGA